GCAACGCCCCAGGAAAAUGCAUUGCAGCAAAACAAGCAAUUAAAGCAGUGCAGCCCCGCAACCACGAACCGAACCUGUAGUAUCCUGCCGCCUGCCGCCUGCUGUGCUAAAAACCUAUUUUGAAUAAUUAAAAUUCCGUAAGUGCUGCAGUCGAAGACGUCGGCAAAGGAGAAGUGGUAGUCGAAGGAAACUGAAUUCUAGAAACAGGAACGAAAAGAACCCGGGGCUCCCUCUGUUGCCCGCAACACAAUCUGCGGCCUGCAAAUUCGUGUGCAGCAAUGAAAUAAUUAAUUCAAUGCACCUCACUAAGCCGACGAGAAGCAGCAACAGCAGCAGCAGCAGCAGCAUUGCUUAUAAAUUCAAGAGUCCCCGUCUCAGCCACAUCCACUUCAACUGCCCCAACAGCGAGCCAAGUAAAAUGGCCGCAGGAACGAGGACAAUUAGCCAGCCAGGACAUAUCCGCGAUCAGCGGCAGAUAUCCAUGAGGAAUCUAUCGCACACCCUGCUCCUGGCCAUCGCUGUGAUGGCGUUGCAUUUCGAGAGCGUGUCCGCCCAGAGCCUGAUGACAAAGAACGAGCCCAUGUUCAUAUCACGUUCGGAGACAUUCAAAUUUAUCACCGGCGAGACAAUAGUGCUGCCCUGUGAGGUGGCCAACACGGACACGUACGUUGUGGCCUGGAAACGCGGCAUUGCCAUAUUGACCGCCGGCUCAGUGAAGGUUACACCCGAUCCUCGGGUUCGCCUGGUCAAUGGAUUUAAUCUACAAAUACGCGAUGCCCUGCCCACGGAUGCCGGGGAUUACAUCUGCCAGAUUGCCACCAUGGAUCCGCGGGAAAUCACCCACACGGUCGAGAUACUAGUGCCACCAAGGAUUCAUCACAUUAGCACCGGCGGACAUUUGCAAGUCAAGAAGGGCUCGUCGGUGCGCAUCGAGUGCUCGGCCACGGGUAAUCCAAUGCCGAAUGUGACUUGGAGCCGCAAAAAUAAUAUUUUGCCCAACGGCGAGGAGAAGCUCCACUCGCACGUCCUUUCCAUCGAGAAUGUGGACCGGCAAGGGGGCGUCUACAUAUGCACAGCCAACAAUCGUGUUGGCCAGCCCGCUUCCAGCCAGGUCGUGCUCCAUGUUCUGUUUUCACCGGAAAUCUCCGUGGAGCGUCCCGUGGUCUUCUCCGGCGAAGGGCAUGAGGCCACCCUGGUCUGCAUCGUCCAUGGCGAAACACAGCCCGAGGUAAUUUGGUUCAAAGACACCAUGCAACUGGAUACCACAGAGCGGCACAUCAUGGAGACGCGGGGAUCGCGGCACACGCUGAUUAUACGCAAAGUGCAUCCGCAGGACUUUGGCAACUACUCCUGCGUGGCCGAGAACCAACUGGGCAAGGCACGCAAGACCCUCCAGUUGAGCGGAAAACCGAACGUUGCCGUUUUUAAUUCGCCGCCAAUCAGUCAGUACAAGGACAGAUACAACAUCUCCUGGGCCGUGGACUCGCAUUCACCCAUCGAGGAGUACAAGUUGUCCUUCCGCAAGCUGCCGCAAGGACACGAGGUCGUUGGCAACGCCAUCGAUUCACCCUCCUCCUCGCUCUCCUCAUCCUCAUCACAGAUGUACGGCUCCGGACUUCAUUCACAUCGCUCUGGCACUGGCAGCAGCAGCAGCAGCAGCAUGGCCGGACUUGGAGUCGGUCUCGGUGGCAACUACGCCGGCUACGGCAACAUGAUGCACUGGGGCCACAACGACUGGCGCAAUGUCGUCCUGCCGGCCAUUCCCCUAUCGCAUCACUAUGCUCAGGGCAUGAGCUACAUGGUGCGAGGUCUGGAUCCUGACCAGCACUACGAGGCCACCGUUCAGUCCAGGAAUCGUUACGGAUGGAGCGAUUUGACCAACAGUUUUGUCUUUUCCACAUCAUCGAAUGAUAACGAGAUGCGGGACCUGAGCGUCACCUUCUACGGCAGCAGUGCCAUCAACAGGCAGAAACUGGGCCUUCUGGCCUUGAGUUCGGCCACCGUGGCCCUAAGUCUGCUCGUGGCCUAAUCACCCGCUUCGAUUUGAGCCAUGAAUUUCUUCGCCAAUAGCACUUCGACUUCAACUUCGAAUUGGGGACGCAAUGGAACGCCGACCGACGUCUACUCACAAACUCUAGUCUAGUCGUAAACUGGUAGAAUAAAAGAAAAUCUAUAUAUAAAUAUAUAUAAAUAUUAUGCAUAAGCGUAAUUAAAAGCAUUCGCGCUACGAUUUCUCAUUGUUCGAUUCGAAUUUCUCAAGCAAAAAGGAAAAACCAAUUUCGAGUUUAGUGAAUUAACCACACAACGGAAAACGGAACCAUACAUUAUACAUGUAACAAUCAAUGUAAAAGAGCAUGCAACUGUUCAAACUAGUACCCCUAAAGCAUACACACACACACCCUCAGAUUCCCCCAUAUCCUCCUUCGCACAUCCGGCGACCAUUACUGGCACCCCCAUUCCCCGUGUACAUAGAUUUUAUUGCAUACUUUUAGGUAUAAACUGCACCAAAGAAAUAGUCACUCGACGAUCGAAAGGAAAAGAAAAACACACAAAAAUAUGAACUAAUAAAUAGCAAGUACUCGAUGCAUAGAGGAGGAAAUUCGUAGCGUUAUGCAGAUAGUUAAUUUAAUUGAUACAUAAAUGCAUUACCUAAUUAUCGGAUACGAGCCACGCCAUGCAGCAGCUUAGCCGGAAUUCAGAUAAAGAAAAUGGAGCAACUUAAACUAAUUUGCAGCAUUUGCAUUUGAGAUGGCUUAAAGCAGACGGCGUUUUUCUAGCUUUUUGCGAUUUGUAUGUAUGUAGCAGCUAAGUAGCUUAAUUGACCGCAUAAAUGCAAUUAAAUUAGUAAACAAAACCUAUUGAUUUGGUAUGUAAAUUAAUAAUCCACUGCAAGCGGAGCCACAGCCACAACAAAAAGGCAAAGCAUAUAGAAACUUCCAUAUGGAUUUCGGAUUACAAUUAGUGCGUAAGUGUAAAUAAAUAUGAUUCACAUCAGUGGGAUAUAAUAAAUGAAAAAUAUAUAAUAGUCUUUAUAAAUAAUACCCCCCAAUAGGCAGUUUACUCUCGAACACCGAACACAGGGUGCGGCCAAGGUUGUUUUUAUGUAAAUAUAUAUUGCACCGCAGUCUCGAAUCUCAUAUGAUAUAUGAUAUGAUAUGAUAGGUACUCAUAGUUCAAUACUCGUAUCGUUGCUUCACAAAACGCAAAACGGCACCUUUCGAAUUUGGUUCUCUCUCUUCAGCACCCUGUAUUAUCCUUUUUAGCAUUCCGAAAUUUAAGUCGAAAUCGAAACCGAAACUAACACCGAAAGCCAAGCCAGUGCACUCUUGAUGCAUUCGCACAUGUAUGAGCUAGACUUUAAGUAAAUAUUGUAUUGAGAUUAAAGAAGACGUAAUGACGUAUAUGUAUGUGUAUAAGAAAAUAUCGUAAUUGAUUUCCGAAUUAACUCAGCCACAUACAAGAUACACAUUCAGCUUUUAUAUAGAACCUAAAUAAAUCGGUCAGGGGGAGUUUGGACCGCAAGAUAACAAAGAAAGUAUAUGUGUAAUUAAUACGAUUGGCCGCAAGAGCGUUAAGUGAAUUAUCGUAAACUUAUAAUUUACGUUCGUGUGUAUGUAUAUUGAUGUGUAACACUUACAAGCGAUACAAUUAUUAUCACAAAAGAAAAAGAAAAACGGCCCCAGAUCCAAUGACCCGCCAUCCCAACCCUGAACCCAAACGAUUCCCACGAAUCCCCACGGAAAGUUGCUUUGGUCCGGCGACUGGAGCCCAUCGAUAAGUUAGCUAAAUGAUGAUAUCGGUACUCAGCAUAUAUGUAUGUACACCUGAAUAUAUAGAGAGGGAUGUGUAAUUUACAGCUUAGUUAUAGUUUAUAGUUUAUAGUUUAUCCUAUUUUGUUAGUGCAACAAAAAACCAAGGCAAGACACGAGCCGUGCGUGUACAAUUCUACUUUAAAGUAAUAAUAAUACUAACCUACACACCUACAGACAUCUUCGGUAUUGAAUGUAUA